AUGACUUGUCCAGUGAGAAAAAAGACAUGUUUCAAACGGACGUGGAACCAAAUGGAGGAUCUAAGCAUAAUAAACAGUGAUGGUGACCUUAAUCCUACGAAAAAGCGAAGAAACACAUACGAAAGUUCCAAUGAAGAACCAAACAAUGAAAAUGAUGAAGAAAUGUCAGGCUAUCAAUCAGACUGUUCUGAAAUCGUCGCAGCUUCUCAUCACUCUCGUCGGAAAAUAUCUCUCAACAAAUGGGACAGAGUUGGAUCUGCAGAUUCAUUCUUCAAGCGCCGGUCGAAUUUUUCUGGAUCUUCAACAUCAAACAACUACAGUUCCUCGACCUCCAGUUUGUCGACUUCCAGUUCUUCUAAGUACAGUUCGUGGAGUACCAGUUCCGUCAAGUCAAAACCGGAUGCAAUGGAAACCGAAUCUACUCAGUAG